UCAAAGUCCUUAGCUUUGAAGCACUUGUCUGGUGGAAGCGGGACAAGGACAGGUAAAUAGUAAAGCUGCUCAAAAUUGUAAAUGAGGUAUACGGAUAGGUUACUGGAGACCUAAGGGAUUUCCCAUAAUAGCAAGUUAUACGUCUUGUUUCCCCGCCCACAGCGGAUGUCAUUGGACAAGUGAAGAUUGCAAGUUGAAGCGAUCAAAAAAGUGAAGCAGAUUCUUUUGAAUUUCGGCGCCAUUGUUUGUUUUGCUGUCAUUGACAACAGAAACUAGUUYAUUCACCGUUACCAGAGAGUUUCAAGCAUUUAUCUUCCUGAUUACUAGGACAUUCUGKAAAGACUUCACGGCGUAUAAAAUGAUUUUCUGGAAAAUAGCCUUCACAAUAGAAGCCCUGGUUAUCAUCACAGGCAACCUUAUCGUUAUUCUUUCAUCGAUUUUUAACAGAAUUUUACGAAAAAGACGAUACCUUUUCCUACUAAACCUCUCAUUGGCUGAUCUCAUGGUUGGMAUAGUAACCAUACCAUUAUACCUUUAUAUCCUCCAUACRGGAUAUCACGGAUCUGUCAAGAAGGCUUUCGUAUUUUGUGACGUCUUCUUGGGGGUGGAGUCUUUGUUAGGAUUGUUGGCGUUGUCAUGGGAACGYCUUUACGCCAUCUGCUGUCCGAUAAAGCAUCGUACAGUCAAAAAACAAAACCUGYUAGUCCUGAUUGCUGUCACGUGGACGAUAGCAACAAUCACCGGCGUUGUCUCCGUCRCAGGACAAGAUGAUCAAUAUGUUUUCUUUUACUUCGUGCUACCUUUACUGACUCUAAUUCUCAUACUAAUUUGCAUAAGUUACGUCAUCAUCUGGYUUAAAGUCCAUGCUUCGAAUCCAGUUGGAGAGGGAGUGCAGUGUAGUCGCACUAGACACGACAGGAAGCUCGCUAUGACUCUGUUUAUUGUGACUGUUCUCUCGCUGCUUGCAUGGCUACCAUUAGAAAUACUCAAUAUUCUAAUACCUCUGUGUAGUUCCUGUAAGAAACGUUUGAACCAUAUGUUCUACCUUGCGAAGUUUCUUCAGUUUGGUAACUCUCUCAUUAAUCCAAUGAUCUACGCGCUCAGGAUGUYUGAGUUUAGAAGUGCGUUACGAAAACUGGUCCGCACUCGUAGCAUGAGUAGAAGGACAUCUAGUAAGACAUUAAGCAAAAAGAAAAGUGCUCUGGUCACCCUGUUGUGAACACCUUUACUCUGGUAGCAUGAGUAGAAAAACAUCUAGUAAGACAUUAGGCAAAAAGAAAAGUGUUCUGGUCACCCUGAGCACCUUUGUUCUCAUAGUUUGAGGAAAAGGACAUGGGAGAGCUACGUAGCAAGCAGUUGAUGUAAUGUAUUCAAUAUAUCACAGCUAAUACAAUAGAUUUUCUGAAGACAUUACAUCAAAUGAGUGCUAGUUUCUGUUUAAAAAAGUUUGAAUACCUAUGUAGUAUGUUGCUACCACUACAGCUCUCUUGGUGACAAACCUUAUUGUAAAAUUAGUAUUAAAAUCAUUAUUAAUAAACAUUCCGACUCCGA